AUGCAGGUGUUAUUUUGCUCAGUGUGCGUUAUCAAUCUCGUCGCCGGGACAGUUGCAAAGGUCCCAGCAAGCGCCGUCGCAGCUCUGGAAUCUGAAUGCAUCCUAUACGGGGACCUGCAUGAGUACGGCUUGAGUCUUGGCGUCGACUUGGAGAACGAGGACUACAUGGAGCUAGUCCAGGAGGCAUGGAAUGCACCGCUCCCAGCCAGUUGGACGGAGUAUAUGGAUGAGUCGGGACGUGCGUACUAUGUGAAAGAAGGAGCAAGCAGCUCGACAUGGGAGCACCCAGCAGACCAGAUCUACCGCAACCUCAUCGACUUGAUCCGGAAGGCGCGCGUAGAGGUCAUGCCGCGCAGGCAGGAGAUGGUUCGGGAGCACCUGCGCGAGAGGCACGAGGCUGCCAAGGCCGACCUUGCAGGCUGGAGUGGACCAUACGUGUCUGACCAGGGUGAGUACUACUACCACGACAGCUUGAAGGUCAGCGCCUGGAACAGUCCCAUUGCGGAGUGGGAGCACGAACUGGAAACACGCCACGCCGUACUGGAGAGGUACCUGUUGUCGGAGCUACAGGUAACACCCGGUGGCGAGGCUCCUCAGCGGCGUCCAGACAUGCUCCAGGUGCUGAGACUGGAGCUGGGGAACUUGCGGAAGGACCUGUGUGAGGUUCCAGAACCCUCGACGUGCCGCUCGUAUCACACGGCGCGAUCGGGCACCUCUUCUCGGUCCGGGCGAUCCAAGCACAGCCUCGGAGACAAGGAGCGGCGCAAGGAGAGGAAGAGCAAGAAAGACGAUGACGAAGGCAGAGACCGUCGGCGUGUUCUGGGUGAUGUUCCAGAAGGAAAUGAUGCAUCUUCACCGGAGAAGGGCCGAAGCAGUCCAGAUACCGAGGAGGCUACUCUGGAUCCCUCGCCGUGA